GUUGGCGUCCUGAAGGCAGUUCCUUGAUGAGGAACUUGAAGUCGAGAGCAAGAUAGUUGGGGCAAACCAUGUUGAUGCGAGGUGGCUGAUGAUGGGUCGGAGUUCUCUCUCUCUCGGGUGGUUCUGAUCGAUGACAACAGAAUGAUUAUCAGUUAUCCGGCGGCAUGACUCUACAACUGCCACUCGAAGCGCCCAUCGACGACCGCCGCGACAAUCGAUCACACAACCACCAGGAAGCAAAGCACCACCAAACGUACAAAUGUGUAAACAACCCACCACAAACAGCUGCAGAUCAACGAUGAUAAUGAUGGAGCUGUCCACCACACCACAAUUGAUAGGAUGAACACAACAACGUACACGAAGAACUGACGAAAGCCUGGACUGGCCAGGGCAAACCUUAGUCGGAGAGCCACGAAGAAGAAGACAGGAAUGAGGAAUGAAAUUAGGAGAGAAGG